AUGUCUAAUCUGGAGUUAUUUCACAUCAAUGUGACUGGUAUCAGUGGAUCUGUUCCUAAAGAUUUGGGAAACCUCAAGAAUCUUGAAUGGUUCAACAUAGGCGACAACUACUUUGGAAAUGGGAAGAUCUCUGGAAAUAUUCCGGAUGAAAUUGGUAAUCUUGUGGGCCUAAAUCUUCUAGAUAUGAGGAUAACUGCCCCAACGGGUACCCUUCCAACUUCUAUUGGGAAGCUUCAAAAUCUUGAAAGAUUGUUCAUUGGUUGGAAUAACUUUUUUGGUGAAAUCCCAUCCUUUAUUGGUAACUUUUCUCGUUUGUUUGAUCUUCAAUUAUAUAAUAACAAUUUUGAAGGAAGAAUUCCACUUGCCCUUAGAAAUUGCAAAAAUAUGCAAAACUUGGAUAUUGUCGAAAACAAACUUAGCGGUAGUACACCAGAUCAACUGUUUGGUGCUCUUACAAAUUUGAUUGUAGUUAACAUGUCUUACAACUCAUUGACCAGUCCCCUUCCAUCAGAUUUUGGUAAUCUAAAGAACUUGGUAGAAUUAUAUGUUUAUGAAAAUAAAUUGUCUGGUGAAAUUUCAAAGACACUUGGUGAGUGUUAUGAAUUAGCAGCAUUUGAUAUGGUAGGAAACUUCUUCCAAGGAACCUUUCUUUCAAUCACCGAGGGUGAAGUUCCGAAAAGAGGGGUUUUCAAUAAAUCUAAUGGAUUUUCAAUUGUGGGAAACAAAAAUCUUUGUGGAGGGAUACCUGAAAUAAAGCUCCCAAAGUGCAUAAAUCCGAAGCCAAGGAAAAAGGGGAAUGCUCUAUCGACCAAAGCCAUCAUUAUUUUGAUCCUUGGCAUUCUAAUUGCCUCUAUUUUGGUCGUGCUUCUUUUCAUUUGUUGUUGCAGAAAAAGGUCUGGAAAGAAGUUUAUCCCUACAGCUUUGUUGGGUCAUAGCUACUUGCGAGUAUCCUACAAAGAGCUUCUGCAAGCAACUGGUGGUUUUUCAUCUUCCAACUUGAUUGGUGUGGGAAGUUUUGGCUCUGUGUAUAAAGGAGUUCUUCAUCGGCAAGAAAAACCUGUUGCAGUGAAGGUACUAAACCUUCAAAACCGUGGCGCUGCAAAGAGCUUCACGGUUGAAUGCAAGGCUUUGAGGAAAGUUCGACAUCGGAAUCUUCUCAAAAUUAAAACUUCCUGCUCAAGCAUUGAUUACCAAGGCAAUGAUUUCAAGGCUUUAGUUUUCGAAUUCAUCCCUAAGGGUAGUUUGGACAGUUGGCUUCAUGAGCAACAUGAGUCAAGGUAUUUGAACUUUGUUCAAAGGUUAGACAUAGCCAUUGAUGUAGCCAACGCAGUAGAUAACCUUCAUCAUAAUUGUGAGGCGGUAAUUGUCCACUGUGAUCUAAAGCCUUCCAAUGUUCUUCUUGAUGAUGACAUGGUUGCACAUGUCACCGAUUUUGGAUUGGCUAAGCUCCUGUCUAGCGACACAGACACUAUGGGUAAUGAUCAAGCAAGUUCCUCAGUGAUGAAAGGAACAAUUGGUUAUGUUCCCUCAGAAUAUGGUAUGGGUGGGGCUGUGUCUCCAGAAGGUGAUAUAUACAGCUAUGGGAUUCUGCUCUUGGAGAUGAUCACCGGAAGGAGGCCAACGGAUGCUAUGUUUCAUGGCGGCUUAAACCUUCACAAUUUCUGUAACAUGGCACUACCUGAACGGUUGAAGGAGAUUCUCGAUUCUCGCUUGCUCGAACAAAUUUGUGAAAACAAUGAGAGAUCCAGAAGUCAGCCGAACAUGGAAGCAAAGAUGUUGGAGAGUUUGGUUUCUUUCGCUAAAGUAGGAGUUGCGUGCUCUGCAGAAGCACCUGGUGAAAGAAUGGGAAUCAAAGAUGCUAUCACAGAACUACUUGCAACCAAGGCAAGGUUGCUUCGGACUGGGAUCCAUGGAAGGGACAGGAGAUAGGCAGCAGCCAUUGGUGACUCAGAAUAAACUUUUAGUCCUUGUUUUGUGUCAAUAAUUCAUAUUUGAACUUUGUUUUGCAUGUCUUAAAAUCGUUUAAACUAGGAUUGUCUGUAAAAAUUUAAAUUUCUGCAAAAUCUUGUUCUCAAUUUGUAUUUUCUG